AAAACACCCUGCCCGGCCCAGCGACAAGCAGCGAGCGACCAGACCCACCACCGUUCAAUAAAGUGGUAAAUGUUAUUUCCGGUGGUUCAGAUAUUUGUGGACUAACCUCUUCUGCAGCUAAAAAAAUUAACAGGGGAGAAUCUGAGACCGUAGAAGAGGGACAAACCGAAGACGAGGUCGCACUACACAGGUCCCUGACCGCAAUGGCUAUUACUUUCGACGAUUCAGAUUCUGUAGAUACACAGCGGGAGCACCACGACGGGUUGGUAAUAUCGCUCCCAAUAGGAAACGCAUUGAUCAAAAGGAUACUGGUCGACAACGGAAGCUCAGCCAACGUACUGUUCUUGGAAGCACUACAAGAAAUGGGAUUAGAAGAGAAAAACAUAGUAAGGAGAUCAACAGUCCUGGUAGGGUUCAGUGGAGAAGCACUACGGACGGUAGGAGAGAUAUCGCUGCCUACAUACGCAGAAGGCGUCAACAUGAUGACCAAGUUCAACGUCGUCGAUUGUCCAUCAGCGUACAACGUCAUCCUAGGACGACCAUGGAUCCACAAAAUGAAGGCAGUGCCAUCAACAUAUCACCAAUCAAUCAAAUUUCCAACCAAGUGGGGGGUCAUGGAAAUCAAAGGGCAGCAAAGGGAUGCGAAGAAAUGUUACGAGACAGCACUGAAACCAUCCAAGUCACCCAUCUAGCAAUUACAGCCAGGGUCGACGUCGGACGACCCCGACGACCAACAAAUCGACGAGAUAGUACUAGACCAGACAAAGCCAGACCAAGUCAUAAGGAUCGGAGCCUCACUGCCUGACAACAUCAAAAGUCAGAUAGUGUCGUUUCUAAGAGAAAACUCGGACUGUUUCGCUUGGU